AUGCAAAGCAGUGGGGAUAUGAAGGAGAAGGGGGAUUUUUUAGAUAAUGAAUCAUGUGAGGGGAAGGGUGGUGGAUCUCAUAGUAAGGCUCCUAGUGGACUUGUUGGGAAUAAGGCCCCAAUAAUUGUUGAAGUUAUGGAGGAAGUGACAGAAAACGUGAAUCUGACCUACGAAGGGGAUAUUUCUAAUGAAGACAAUGGGGCACAAAAUGAUAUUAUCCCAUUUAAUGGGCUUUCUCCAAUUUCCGCGGUCACAAUGGGCUUUCAACAUAUCAAUCUAAAGCGACCAGCAGCGAAACAAACAAACUGCUCCCCACCAAUUUCUCUAGCGCACUGUACCAUGCCGAGUUGCUACCGCAGGAGAACAGCACUGUCUCCUGUGUUUCCUUUCCUUGGAAAUAUUCCAAGAAGUGUUGAAAACUUGACAAUGCUAGAAAUGUUGGAUCUUUCUGAUAAUAACUUGGAAGGAAAUAUUCCUCAAACAAUUGGUUAUCUCACAAACCUGAAAAUUAUAUAUCUAGGUGCUAACAAGUUGUCUGGUGAAAUACCAAGGAAUAUUGGAAAGUUGACAAAACUUCAUGAGCUAGACCUCAGUGCAAACAAUAUAGAAGGAAAUAUUCCAAGGAGCUUCGAAAACUUGACAAUGCUAGAAGAGUUGGACUUUUUCCAAAAUAACAUGGAAGGUACAAUACCUGCAGAAAUAGGCAACCUUUAUAGGCUUGAGCGGCUUGCGUUGGGCAAUAACAAAUUGAGGGGAUCUAUUCCGUUGGAAAUUCUUAAAAUAUCAACUUUGCGAGUGUUGGCACUUCAAAAUAAUUCUUUAUCAGGAAAUAUUCCAAGAAAUGUUGAAAACUUGACAAUGCUAGAAAUGUUGGAUCAUUAUGAUAAUAACUUGGAAGGAAAUAUUCCUCAAACAAUUGGUUAUCUCACAAACCUGAAAAUUAUAUAUCUAGGUGCUAACAAGUUGUCUGGUAAAAUACCAAGGAAUAUUGGAAAGUUGACAAAACUUCAAGAGCUAGACCUCAGUGCAAACAAUAUAGAAGGUGAUAUACCAGAAGGCAUUGGAAAAUUGGAUAUGCUUCAAGAGCUAUAUCUUGAUUAUAAUAAUUUACAAGGUGAUAUACCAGAAGGCAUUGGAAAAUUGGAUAUGCUUCAAGAGCUAUAUCUUGAUUAUAAUAAUUUACAAGGAGGAGUUCAUUUGCAUCUCUUGUCUUGGAAAAACAUGCGUUUCAUUGACUUGAGUUUCAACUUGCUUCAAGGAGAGAUCACUUCUUCAGUUUGCAAUGCUAGCUCACUUGAAAGUCUCAACUUUUCCCAUAACAACUUUAGUGGCACCAUUCCUCAAUGCAUUGGAAGCUCUAGCCUUGCUUCUCUUUAUGUGUUGGAUUUGCAAAACAAUAGCUUUCAUGGCACCAUACUAGAAACAUUUGAGGAGGGAAACAAGCUAAAGACCCUAAAUCUUAAUGAUAAUGUUCUUUAUGGCUUGUUGCCUCAAUUUUUGGUCCGUUGCACAAACAUAGAAGUUUUAGAUCUUGGUAGAAAAUGGUAUUCAAGAUAA